ACGCCUUUUCCGGCCCGCCGCGCGGCCUAGGCUCCCGCGUGUUUAAAAGCGGGUUUGUGGAUACUGCUGUCUUAAUUGCUGUGCUUGGCGGACAGACAGGCGAGAUGGCGGCGGAGGUGUUGCCGAGUGCGAGGUGGCAGUAUUGUGGGGCGCCCGACGGGAGCCAGAGAGCUGUACUGGUCCAGUUCUCCAACGGGAAGCUACAGAGUCCGGGCAACAUGCGCUUUACCUUGUAUGAGAACAAAGAUUCCACCAACCCCAGGAAGAGGAAUCAACGGAUCCUGGCAGCUGAAACAGAUAGACUUUCCUAUGUGGGAAACAAUUUUGGUACUGGAGCCCUCAAAUGCAACACUUUGUGCAGGCAUUUUGUGGGAAUUUUGAACAAGACCUCUGGCCAAAUGGAAGUAUACGAUGCUGAAUUAUUCAACAUGCAGCCACUGUUUUCAGAUGUAUCAGUUGAGAGUGAACUGGCACUAGACAGUCAGACCAAAACUUACAGAGAAAAGAUGGAUUCUUGUAUUGAAGCCUUUGGUACCACCAAACAGAAGCGAGCUCUGAAUGCCAGGAGAAUGAACAGAGUUGGCAAUGAAUCUUUGAAUCAGGCGGUGGCUAAAGCUGCAGAGACUAUCAUUGAUACGAAGGGUGUGACUGCUCUGGUCAGUGAUGCUAUCCACAAUGACUUGCAAGAUGACUCCCUCUACCUUCCUCCCUGCUAUGAUGAUGCAACCAAGCCUGAAGACGUGUAUAAAUUUGAAGAUCUUCUUUCCCCUGCUGAGUAUGAAGCUCUUCAGAGCCCAUCUGAAGCUUUCAGGAACGUCACAUCAGAAGAAAUACUGAAGAUGAUUGAGGAGAACAGCCAUUGCACCUUUGUGAUAGAAGCGUUGAAGUCUUUGCCAUCAGACAUGGAGAGCCGAGACCGCCAGGCCCGAUGCAUAUGGUUUCUGGAUACCCUCAUCAAAUUUCGAGCUCAGAGGGUAGUUAAGCGGAAAAGUGCCCUGGGACCUGGAGUUCCCCACAUCAUCAACACCAAACUGCUGAAGCACUUUACCUGCUUGACGUACAACAAUGGCAGAUUACGGAACUUAAUUUCGGAUUCUAUGAAGGCGAAGAUUACUGCAUAUGUGAUCAUACUUGCCUUGCACAUACAUGACUUCCAAAUUGACCUGACAAUGUUACAGGGGGACUUGAAGCUCAGUGAGAAAAGGAUGAUGGAGAUAGCCAAAGCCAUGAGGCUGAAGAUCUCCAAAAGAAGGGUGUCUGUGGCCGCCGGCAGUGAAGAAGAUCACAAACUGGGCACCCUGUCCCUCCCACUGCCUCCAGCCCAGACCUCAGACCGCCUGGCAAAGCGGAGGAAGAUUACCUAGAUGCAUACUUUCCAGACAGGGCAUUUUGGCUGCAUCAUAGCCACUGGCUGGUCCUAUUCAUUUCCAUUUUUAUGUUUUAAAAAGGAAAGGUGCAGGGAUGGUGGCUCACACCUGAAAUCCCAGCACUUUGGGAGGCCGAGGCGGGAAGAUCACUUGAGCUCAGAAGUUUGAAACCAGUCUGGGCAACAUAGGGAGACCCCAUCCGUGGGGGGUGGGGGUGGGGGAAUGUCAGGCCUGGUAGUAUGUGCCUGUAAUCCCAGCUACUCGGGAGGCUGAGGCAGGAUGAUUACUUGAGCUUGGGAAAUCGAGGUUGCAGUGAGCUGUGAUUGCGUGGCCACACUCCAGCCUGGGUCACAGAGUGAGACCUUGUCUCAAAAAAGUAAAAUAAGGAAAAAAGAAGCCUUGCUUUGGCACAGGUAUGAAGCCAGAAGCGAGCAUCUCAAUUGUGCUUGUCUUAUGCAGAAAUAUAAAGUGAUGGCCAGGUUGGACUUCA